CAUCAAACAAUAUUUCGUUCACUUGAUACAGGUGCAGGAUGAUGCUCAAGGUUGUCCUAAUUUAACUGAGCGCAGAAAUUUUAGUCCGCUUCCGGUUAGCCAACUUUGCGCUAAAUAUGUGCGCUUCGGUGUCAUGUCCAACUUGCAAGUAGGCGCUCGGCUUCUUGUCGGGAUCAUAUAAUUGGUUUGGAAGCGGGCGCCAAUCCCCUCCCCUCCCGGACCUCCCUCUGUGAAAUUGAGGGCACGUACGGUCGCAGGCGUCGAUCACUGGGUGGAGGGAACUCCGGGAACAAGGCUGCUGAGUCGCCCGAGAGAAGGCAGCCAGGAAGGUGAAGGACCCCGAGGAAGGUCGUCGUUGGGCUCGGGACACUCUCAGCUAGAUGUGGAUUAACACGCUCUUUUUGGCCAAUCAAAAUACUCGACAUGAACCGAGUAAGGAGCAGGAGUGGAGCUGAUAACAUAGAGAUGAGCCCAUCUAACUCUUAUAAUGACGAUAUAAAUGGCUACUACGGCGAAUCGUCCAGCCCAGGAUCUCAACAUAGACUAUCAGAGUGUCAUGAUGUGUGUGCGGAGACCUGUGAGUCUCUCAACACCAGCAGGGCCACACUGGCCUCGUCUGACCGAAGUGACAAAGUUCAGGUGGACGUUCGCACUUUAGAGCCUAUCAGUUCUUUGACUGGGUUCUGGAAAAAGCGGAUGCUGUUCCUGAAGUUUCGUUCGAGGAUCGAGAAACAGCAGCAGAGCAAAGACUCAGUGUUCUUCCGCGAUGGAGUGCGCAGGAUUGAUUUUGUUCUGUCCUACACUGACGAAAGUGAUAUUAAAUCGGGAAGAAAGAGGCAGUUGUACGAGGCCAACCUAGAGAAAAUCGGCUUGGAGCUGGAGACGGAAGAUAAAUCUGAAUCGGAAGACGGAAAAACCUAUUUUGUGAAGAUCCACGCUCCCUGGGAUGUGUUGGCCACCUAUGCAGAUGUGCUGAAAAUCAAGGUCCCCUUCAAGGCCAGUGACAUACCAAAGAAACUUUCCAUGAAAUGUCUGGCCGCCCCUUUUCGUCUUCCGGACCACGUCAUGAAUCCUGAGCCGGACUACUUCACUGCUACCUUCAACAAGAACAAUUCAGACUUUUUCAUCAUCAACGACAGGGAGACAUUCUUUAUCCCUUCCACUCGCAACAGGAUUGUAUACUACAUCCUCUCCCGAUGUCCCUAUGUGGAGGACGAAUGUGUCGAGAAAGACAAAAAGGGAAUCAAGAGGUUGCUCACCAACGGCACCUACACAGCGGCGUUUCCACUGCACGACUGCAGGUACUGGAUGAGAUCAAAGGAUACUAAUUGUGAAAGCGAACGAUACAAUCUCUACCAUUACUGGGCCAAAUUCUCGUGUUUCUUCAAACAGCAGCCCCUCCACCUCAUAAGGAAGUACUACGGAGAAAAGAUUGGCCUCUAUUUUGCCUGGCUGGGGUUCUACACUGAGAUGUUGUUUUUCGCCGCGGUUGUGGGGACCCUUUGUUUCAUGUACGGAUUGUCCUCAUACAAACAAAAUGAAUGGAGUAAGGAAAUCUGCAGUGAACAAAUCGGAGGCAACAUUAUCAUGUGUCCGCUGUGUGACAAGAGAUGCAGCUACUGGAAACUCAACAUAACAUGCGACGCGUCAUGGCAAUCGCACCUGUUUGACAAUGUGGGAACUUUGUUUUUUGCUGUAUUCAUGGGGAUUUGGGUGACAUUGUUUCUGGAGCUCUGGAAGAGGCGUCAGGCCCGUCUUGCAUACGAGUGGGAUCUGGUGGACUUUGAGGAGGAGCAGCAGCGACUGCAGAUGCGGCCCGAAUAUGAGAACAGAUGCAAGAGCCGCAAACUGAACCCCAUCACUCAGGAAUCAGAGUUGGUUCUUGAGAGGAGUACGACUGACCUAGUGGGGAAAUUAUUUCUGUGCUGGGUCGCCGUGUUAUUCUGGAUCUGUCUGACCAUUUCCUGCAUUGUUGGAGUGAUUGCGUACCGCCUGGCGGUAUACGCUGCCUUCUCCAGCUUUAUGAAGGAAAACGCCCACCUGAACAAGAUGGCUUCCUCAAUCACCCCGCAGCUAGCCACGGCUGUAACCGCAUCCUGCAUCAACUUCAUCAUCAUCAUGCUCUUGAACGUCAUGUAUGAAAGAGUGGCUGUUUGGAUAACCGACCUCGAAAUUCCAAAGACCCACGUGGAAUAUGAGAACAAGCUGACUAUGAAGAUGUUCCUUUUCCAGUUUGUCAACUACUACUCCUCCUGCUUCUAUGUGGCUUUCUUUAAGGGCAAGUUUGUUGGCUAUCCUGGAGGUUAUUUGUACAUGUUUGGCCAGAGGACCAAACUCAGGAAUGAAGAGUGUGACCCCGGUGGCUGUUUGAUUGAGUUGACCACGCAGCUGGUAGUCGUGAUGUCUGGUAAGCAGGUGUGGGGCAACAUCCAGGAGUCCCUGGCCCCGUGGUUAAAGAACUGGUGGCGUGGCAGAAAGAAUCGGCGCCAACCGGAGAGUCUGUACACCCGCUGGGAGCAGGAUUACAACUUGCUGGUGGUUGGCCACCUGGAACUAUUCUACGAGUACCUGGAAAUGGUGGUCCAGUUUGGUUUCAUCACUCUGUUUGUGGCUUCCUUCCCCUUGGCUCCCCUGUUGGCUCUCUUCAACAACAUCAUUGAGGUCAGAGUGGAUGCCUGGAAACUCACCACCCAGUACAGGCGUCCUGUGGCAUCCAAAACUCACAGCAUCGGAGCCUGGGAGGAAAUCCUCAGUGGGAUCGCCAUCCUCUCGGUUGUUACCAAUGCAUUCAUUGUGGCCUACACCUCUGAAAUGAUCCCCCGACUGGUGUAUAUGUAUGCUUACCAGCCAGGACGUACGAUGAAAGGUUACAUCAACAACAGCUUGUCUGUGUUCAAUAUCGCCGACAUGCCGCUGGCCCAUCGGCCAGACGAAGAUGAAAUUCCCCCCUGGUUCAAUGACUCCAUCACAACCUGCAGGUACCAUGACUACCGCUACCCUCCUGGCCAUGAGAAUCAGUACACCCACACAGUGCAGUAUUGGCAUAUUUUUGCUGCCAAGUUGAUCUUCAUUAUCGUCAUAGAGCAUGUUGUCUUCCUGGUCAAGUUCUCUUUGGCCUGGUUGAUUCCUGAUGUUCCGGCCGAUGUGAGGGAUCGCAUAAAGAGAGAGCGCUACCUGGUCCAGGAGUACCUGCACGAGUAUGAAGUGAAGAGGCUGACGAGCCAACUCAGUGGAAACCAGGAUGAUAGUACCUCCGUGAAUAGGGUCCAACCAUCUUUGUCUGUGCAUGAGGUGGUUUCGGAGAAUCUCUAGCACAGAGAAACUGCUGCUCAGUAAGAUUUAAUGGCAGUGAUGUCGACACGCCUGCUUAUUCAUGUUGAUCCUGGUUCUUGGUGUUGACUUUUAAGUGUCGUUGUAUGAUGACACACGCACUCAUACACACAUAGCCUUUAUAAAGGAGCUAGAGGUGUCAUCCGUCCUCAGCUAUCCUGCUUUAAGCAUGCUGAAAACCUAGAACACUUGAAUAUCACUGCCUCGUAUUUAUGGCCUUUAAUUCUAUGCUGUACGUGUAAUGAUGAAAAUUAUCAUGUUUUUGUUGUCAGGAAAAGGAAAGACGAGCCACACCUUUCAGAGCUAGCUAUUGUACUAGCCACUAUCAGUAGCUUAAGAGUCGCCUUAAUACAUUUUGUCCUUUGAUAUGUCAGUUUCCCCAUCAUGUGUAGUUGUAUGAACAACUCUGGUACAUGCCAUAAUAAGUUGAAUAUUUAAUUUAAGGUUUUAGAAUUUCUGCAAUCCCUGACCACUGCUUAUUAUCAAUGUAGAUGGGUGACGUCCCAUAAGUUUCCAUACAUAUUAUUGUAUGAGAAAUGUUUUCAUGUACAGGUGUAUCUAAUGUUACAUUUAAAUUAAUUCUGUGAGCCCAUUAAAUUUUACUGUGAUUAGCAGUCUAUAAUAUUGUACUUUAAAACAGCCUACAGUGAUGAAAUAAUGAUGUGUAAUACAUUUUUUUGGGCUUCAAAUCAAUGGAUAUAGUGCUGCUCUUUCUGGUGUGUGCAUUGACCACUUGGGGGCAGAAUAAGACGGCCUAAUGGCUACACAGCACAUGGAGACGGUCACAUGUUACUCCUCCAUUAGCUGCAAAAAUACUUCGUCCUUCUUCGCAGAUGAUAAAGAAUAUGUUGAGCAUUGUUUUCUCUACCUGUGUUUCCUCUCCCAUUUUUUUUCAUAUAUAUUGCUUAAAAGGUAUAAAACUAUGUGACACUGAUGCUCUUUGUUAGCCAUUAAUUGCAUUUUUUGUUUUUCAUUAGCAUUUGACUGAACAAACUUUAACCAGGCAAAGCUGUGUGGUUGUUCUAAAUACACAAUGGAUAAUCCCCUCCCCCAAAAUAAUAUUUAAAUGACAAAUUAAUUGCAACCAUGCAACGUUUUUUUUUUUUAGCUAACCAUUACGAUUUCAAUAUGUUGUUCUUUAUUCCGAUGCACUUUUAUGGAUGUCUGAAAUUGAAAAUAAAAUAACGCAGAAAAUUCCAGAAAAUGUAUGGAAACUUAAGGGACACUUUUUGUCAGGCACAGUUCGACUAUAACACAACCCCAAUUCC